AGAUAGUGUUAUCAUUAACCUUACUAUACCUGAGGCAAAAGUGAAGUAACCCUUGUGACCAACACAUCUCCUCACAAGUUUCUUUAGAAUUGUGUAACGUCUUUACAUCAGACCCAACACUAGAGACUUCACUGAGGGAAGUCUGAAGACAAAGCAAGUACAAGUAUGAUAAAAGGCACCAAACCGAAAGAUUCUAGCACCGCGAAGCUCUUAUUUAUUUAAAGGAUAAGCAAGUUUAGCUCCUUGCUCAGGCCGUCGAGAAGCGAGAGGUCGCAUAAGGUGAAAAAGUUACACGAAUGCCACCAAGAGAAGUGCUCAGGCGCGUAAAACGAGGAAAAGUGGCCGAAAAGUAGGGGAUGAAACAGAAGUUAAAGAAACUUUAAGAUAGAUGGGAAUUUAACUGGAAAUGAAGAGAACUGAAAAGUAAGUAAAUCAACUGGAAGCGAGUGUCUGAGAGCUAAUUGAAGAAGACGGAAGGUUAAUUAUGAAAAAUGGGUCAGCAAGUAAACAAAAAAUGUGUCAAAAAGUCGACGACAGUGACAAUCGGUGAUGAAAAUGACCUGUGGUAAUAUAGUCUAUAAAGACAGUGCCAGUAGGCCAAUAUAUGUGACGAAGUCUGUUACCGUGACAAAAUAAAAGACUAAUGACAAGAAUUAAGGAAAUGUACAGGAAUGUAGUUAAAGAAAGUGAUGAAGGCAGCUGGAAGUUAAUCAAAUAUCAAUAUAUUAAAACUUACAAAGUGUGAAAAGUGACAAAGUUAAGAAUAUUCAUCGCAAGAGAAACUAGUGACGAAAUGUGUUAAAACUUGAUUGGAAACAAGCCAGGGACCGGAGGAGAUCAAGCCAGGGACCGGAGGAGAUCGAGCCAGGGACCAGGGGAAGGGGGCCGCCUGAGCCUCAUCUGCCGACAUGAUGUCGAUGGAAAUAAGCGACAGUAUAGAACUCAUCAGUGGCAGAAGGGGCAGCGGGCUGGUGAACUACUGGCGGACGAGGACCUCCCUGGAGAAGGCGCUGCUGGUGUCCACCGCGGCACUGGUUCUGGCGCUCUUAGGCUUCAUCAUUGGCGUGGCGACCCUCCGAGCUAAGGCUAGUGAUGACGCUCAAACGAUCCAGAAGUUGACUGACGACCUGCGUGUGUGUGAGGCUCAGGUCUUGAGCAGCACCUCGACCCCCGCUACUACCACCACCAUUAUGACGAGCAGCUGCAGUCCCACUACUCCCAGCAGCACUACUCCCAGCAGCACUACUCCCAGCAGCACUACUCCCAGCAGCACUACUCCCAGCAGCACUACUCCCAGCAGCACUACUCCCAGCAGCACUGUUUCCAGCGACACUACUCCCAGCAGCACUACUCCCAGCAGCACUGCACCCAACAGCACUACUCCCAGCAGCACUGUUUCCAGCAACACUACUCCCAGCAGCACUGCUUCCAGCGACACUACUCCCAGCAGCACUGUUUCCAGCGACACUACUCCCAGCAGCACUGCUUCCAGCGACACUACUCCCAGCAGCACUGUUUCCAGCAACACUACUCCCAGCAGCACUGUUUCCAGCAACACUACUCCCAGCAGCACUGUUUCCAGCAACACUACUCCCAGCAGCACUGUUUCCAGCGACACUACUCCCAGCAGCACUGCUUCCAGUGACACUACUCCCAGCAGCACUGUUUCCAGCGACACUACUCCCAGCAGCACUGCUUCCAGCAACACUACUCCCAGCAGCACUGCUUCCAGUGACACUACUCCCAGCAGCACUGUUUCCAGCAACACUACUCCCAGCAGCACUGCUUCCAGUGACACUACUCCCAGCAGCACUGUUUCCAGCAACACUACUCCCAGCAGCACUGCUUCCAGUGACACUACUCCCAGCAGCACUGCUUCCAGCAACACUACUCCCAGACACACACAGCCUUAAUCCUUUUACCCUGUCGUAGCUCAGUCGUUUAAGGCAGUGUCUGGGAUGCUCCCGGACGCAGGUUCGAAUCCUCGUCACGGCCCUUGUGGAUUUGUUCACUACUUCCAGCAGCACUACUCCCAGCGACACUACUUCCGGCGACACUGCUCCCAGCAGCAGCAUUACGCCCAGCAGUGGUCCCACGACAAGCCAAUGGCCAGCAUCAAGCUAGGAAUCGGUCUAAAGUUCUAUCGCACAUUUUACAUCCAAGAUCCCUAGUGACCCAAGUCUUGUAUAGGGAUCUAGAUGAAGUAAAGUGUAAAGUGUGUGGACAAAGACCGGGACACACACUCGAACACUAUAUCUUGGAUUGUAGUAAAAUUGAGCCAUUUAGAGAUAAAUCUAAGCUCAAGCU